AUGGCCAGAACCAAGCAGACUGCCCGUAAAUCCACUGGAGGCAAGGUUCCUCGCAAGCACAUCGCUUCCAAGGCCGCCCGCAAAGCCGCCCCAACCACCGGUGGUGUCAAGAAGUCCCGUCGCUACAAGCCAGGUACCGUCGCUCUUCGUGAGAUCCGUCGCUACCAGAAGUCGACCGAGCUCCUCAUCCGCAAGCUCCCCUUCCAGCGUCUCGUCCGUGAAAUCUCCCAGGACUUCAAGACCGACCUGCGCUUCCAGUCUUCCGCCAUCGGCGCCCUCCAGGAGUCCGUCGAGGCCUACCUCGUCUCCCUCUUCGAAGACACCAACCUCUGCGCCAUCCACGCUCGCCGUGUCACCAUCCAGCAGAAGGACAUCCACCUCGCCCGCCGCCUGCGUGCCUGGUCGCAGGCCAGGCGCUUCACCAGGUCAGCCAUCCUCGAGAAGGCAGAUAUAUCGACGACAGACACGAAAGCGACAGAUCCAGCCGUAUCGUCGUCCAUACCCAUCCCCACGUCUACAACUAUACCGCCGUCCUCACCUACACCAACUACAUCGAGUACAUCACCAGUGUCAGCUCGCCUCUUCGCGCGGGUACAGGCCUCCUCGCUCGGCCGGGCCAUACUCUGGUACGGCGAGAAGCAGAAGAAGAGGCCCUACUGGACGCAGUUCUGGAGUACGGUCGUCAUCUUCCUGCUCAGCGACUUUAGUGCCCAGCUGCUCGUCCCCUGGAUCACAGACGACCACGACGAGGAAGACGGCGAGCGGAAGAGCGUAUGGGAUAGAUACGAUCCCGUACGCACCGUCAGACAUGUCUCCAUCGGUGGCUUCGUCGCCAUCCCUUCCUACACAUGGUUCAUGUUCGUCCACAACCACUUCAACUAUACCUCCAAGGCCCUAUCGAUCUUCACAAAAGUAGCCCUCUCCCAACUCAUCUACGCCCCGAUCUUCAACGUCUACUUCUUCUCAGCCCAGUCUCUCCUCUCCGGCGCAUCGAUGGACGAGACGAUAGAACGGUUAAAGAAGACGUUGCCCGUCAGCAUAGUGAACAGCGCAAAGAUAUGGCCUGCCAUCUCGGCCUUUAUGUUUCUAUACAUCGAUCCGCAGUUUCGGGCUAUUUUUGCUGGGACGAUCGCUCUCGGCUGGCAGACUUAUCUUAGCUGGUUGAACCAGAUGGCUGCUAGGGAGAUGAAGAUGGAGAGUCAGGCUUUGAAGGUGAGAGAGGCGAAGGAUAUGCCUGUCAAGGCUGGGAUGUUUUGCACCACGCAACAGCGUCGAGUCUGGAUGUCUUCUCCCUCCGCCGUCCAAGAGCAUGCCGAGCUCCUCGAUGGCUGGGACAGUGAUAGCGAUGGCACCAGCUACGGAUCCGACUUCACGCCUGACGAAGCAGAGCAGCUCAGCGACCUUAUCGCCUCUAUCGCUGAUAAGAAUGGCGAAACUACGGCCACAACUAUUACAACGACAACAACGACAACGGAGAGGAUAUAUGAAGCCGUGACGACAGCGGUAGACAGUCCAAGGUAUCGCUCGCCGAUACCUGAUAUAGAAGACCAUGAGUACCUGCGUCUUGCGCGGGUGGGAGGGUCGCGUUAUCCAGAGCAUGUCGCGGAGGACUAUACAUACGGGAGUGCUAUGAACGGCAAGGGUGGUUGGCGGGGACAUCGGAGACGCUCCAGAUCAAAGGACCAGGAGAAUCGCGAAGGAAAGGAGAUCCCCCCAAAGGAAGACCAAGGCCACGCUGUAGGAGAUGUGAAGGGUACGCGAUCUCUGAGUCCCGGGCUGUCAAACCGUGGUGGAUGGCAAGAACAUCGAAGACGCUCCCUACUGCGGAAAAGUCUCGGGAUAAAAGCGACUUUACAAAACGAAGGCCAACUUCCAAGUCAAGAUCAAGGACACGCCGGAGAGGACGUCGAUACGCGUUCCCAGAGCCAGAGUCCCAGUUCGAGUCAGCGAAAACGACCCAUCCUAAGACCACAAGAGAGCGAAGAAACAGAGACCCAAACCGUUCAAAAAGAAGGCGAGGCCCAAACCGAAGAAUAUGUUGAAGAUACGCGCUCUCCGCUCGAACGAUUCCGUCGUCCGCCCAAGAAGGGCCUAUCUGUCUCCGACCUUAUUGCGCCAACAUGGUGCGAGCUACAGUAUUGGUAUACAUUGACGAUACAUGGUCGGAAACGAAGAACACCAGCCAUGAAGCGUGGUACGGUUGUUCAUAGAAAGCUAGAGAACGAGGUACAUACCUCUGUACCUGUUGAGGUGAUUACGAAGGAAGAUGCAUGGGCCCUUCGGAUAUGGAACGUGAUAUAUGGUCUGCGAACGUUGAGGGAUACAGGGCUGACGAGGGAGAUGGAAGUUUGGGGGAAAGUUGACGGUCAGAUCGUCACGGGCGUCAUUGAUUUGGUAUCCUAUGGAUGUCCGGAUGCAGAGCUUGAGGCGUCGAUGAGGACAAAGGGGGAGGCAGGCGUCGAGUCUACGAAUGGGCUGGACGAGUAUGGUGGUCAGCGUAUAUAUCUGACGGACGUGAAGACGCGAGAUAUCAGAGGCCGUGGUCUACCAUCCGUUGACAGCGCGACGUUCAGGCCUGCCCUGAUGCAACUACAGCUCUAUUACCAUUGCCUCUCCCGCCUCAUAGAGUCAGACGAUCUCACGAUGGAAGACAUCGCGGAAAGGUUCUCCCUGAAGGCGGAUAAGCCAUUAUCAGACUCCUUCCUGGCGCAGGUAGGUACUAUAAAUGACGACUACUUUGAUCCCGAAGCCUGCUCGUGGACACAGGAGUCGCAAUCAGACUCUGCUCCUCCUCCAAGCACGGAUAGCAGUACGCGAUCAGAGAGACUCGACUCGUUGACGGUAAUACUUAACCAUAACUCACUUUCUCACCUCUGGGACUUACUCAAGGAGAACAUACGACUUACAUUCCUCCAUUCACCUGAACCCACUCAAACGCCUACCCAGGGCCAUCAGCCGGUCCAAACAGCCACAGUACCAAAUUCCCUUCUUUCCCCGAUCUUAACAGUAUCAUACAUGUCCCCUGAUCCCUCCCAGCCCAAACCCCGGUCCCCGUCCCCUUCCCAGUCCAAGUCCAAGUCCAAGUCCAUGUCCACGGCCGAGGACAAAGAUACCGCCGACCAAUCAUCAACACAAACUCCCGAAUACAUCCACAAGGGCAGCCGAUCUUUCAUCUUCGACCCUCAGUCUCUCUAUCCCUAUCUAUCCGAUGAGAUGGACUGGUGGCAGGGCCAGAGAUCUGCAAGAGGCGUACAGGUUUCCGAAGCCUGGAAGUGCCAGAUGUGUGAUUUCAGAGACAUCUGCAGUUGGCGCAAGGAGCAGUUUGAGCAGCGCAUGAAGGAGAUUCGGGCGAGAAAGGCACUGAAUGGUGAAUAG